CGCCCUUUGUCACAUUCCAAGACAAAAAAUCAAAACAAAAAUAUGGCAAGAAUUAAGAUGUUCUUUCCACUGAAAGCUUUCUCCUUACUGUUUGAAAACCUGAUUAACACAUCAGGGAAAUUGCCUUAUCUAAGGUUCAAGGCGAGCAAUGACACCCCUGCAAAGCAAUUCAAGUUUGUCAAUAACUCUUCGUUUACAGUUGAGGUUUCAGAUCAUACAUUGGUUUUUCAUUUGGAGGGUGCAGUUUUGAAGUCAUAUUCACAGUUCCCUUACUUCAUGCUGGUGGCUUUUGAAGCUGGUGGGCCCAUUAGAGCUCUCAUCUUGCUUCUCCUGUACCCUCUGGCUUGCUUACUCGGCCAUGAGCUUGGACUCAGACUUCUGGUUUUUGUCAGUUUUGUUGGCAUUAAAAAGGAUAAGUUUAGAGUUGGGAGUGCAAUUUUGCCCAAGUUCUUCCUGGACGAUGUUGGUGCUGUAGGGUUUGAUAUAGUGAUGAAGUAUGGAAGAAAGGUGGCAGUCACCGGAAUGCCUAGAAUCAUGGUCGAAUGUUUCUUAAGAGAAUAUUUGGGAACCGAUGCUAUCAUUGCAAGAAACUUGAAGGAAUUCCAUGGCUACUUCUUGGGUUUAAUGGAGGAAAAUAUUGAUGCUGCUCAAGCUAUAAACCAGAAAAUUAGUACUCAUAAUAUUGGCUUAGGCUGCUUCAGAAAAUUCCAUAACCAGAAUUUUUUCUUACAUUGCAAGGAAAUUUACUUGGUGACUGAGGCAGAAAAGUACAAUUGGCAAGUUCUUCCAAGGGAGAAAUAUAUAAAGCCUUUGAUCUUUCAUGACGGAAGGUUGGCAUUUAGGCCAACCCCAUUGAAGGCCUUAGCUAUGUUCCUUUGGCUUCCAUUUGGUUUCCUCCUACACAUCAUCAGAAUUAUGGUUUUCACUUCAUUACCUUUCAAGUUCUCUAUACCUCUGUUGGCCUUCUCCGGCAUGAUAAAUACGAAAUUCGAAUCUCGAGUCGGUCUGCUCAAAACCGAGGGAAAACCGAGAGGGGUGCUCUAUGUGUGCAACCAUAGAACAUUGCUAGACCCAGUUUAUAUAACCAUUGCUCUGAUGAAGUCUGUCUCUGCUGUCACCUACAGCCUUAGUUGGUUCAGUGAGGUAAUUUCCCCUAUCAAGACCGUUCGGUUAACACGAAACCGAGAGAAAGAUAGAGAAGUGAUGAAGAAGAUGUUGAGCAAAGGGGACCUAGUGGUUUGCCCUGAAGGAACCACUUGCAGGGAGCCCUAUCUGCUGAGAUUUAGUCCAUUGUUCACAGAGCUGACCGAUGAAAUCGUUCCCGUAGCUAUAAAAUUGCAGGUCAGCAUGUUCUACGGAUCAACGGCGAGCGGAUUCAAAUGUUUAGAUUCAACAUUUCACCUAAUGAAUCCAAAUCCUUCAUGCAUGAUCAUGUUUCUAAACAAGUUACCAUGUUGGGAAACACAUAAUGCUGGAGGGAAAUCAAGAUUUGAAGUUGCCAAUCAUGUGCAGGGUCAAAUUGCAACAGCUUUAGGAUUCGACCGUACGGAUCUUACAAGGAAAGACAAGUACAUGAUAUUGGCAGGCAACAAAGGAAUCAUAUAGGAGAUAUAUCAAAUA